CCGAUCUUCACCGCUGCCUACAAGCAUCCAGACUCUUAAUUGAAAUAGUGAGUCAAAAACAGUGCUCAAGCUACGUGCAAAUCCAGCCAAGUCGGAGAUCUGGGACAUCUCCACCUCGGAGGCUCCAAUUUCUCCAAUCUCUUUCUUUCUCUUUCUCUCUUUUUUUUUUUUUUUUUCCUUUUGUUGUUACCUGGGAGAGACGUCACCUGAAACUUGGUCGCUUAUCUUCUCGAUUCCACAACCGAUAAUCCAACAAAUAAAAUAAAACUCAACUUUUUUUUUUAUAUUCCCUGCCACAAAAAAACUUUUCCUUUUUUCCUCUUAUUAGGAAUUUCAGAAAUUUACAAGCCCUCCAAUUUGGUGGAGCCUCUUGAAUCAGGGAACUUGUAUUGGCAGGAAUUUUAUAGCAUUAAGCUCUUAUUUGGUUGGAGCUACUUGUUGGGAGAAUUAUCUUUUUCAUUGAAAAUGAGAGCGGCUGUUCGAUCAGUUCGCAACCUGAGAUCAGCUUUUGGACAUCAAAGGAAUAGUAAUUCAACUGCUUUUGUAAGAAGGCGAAUUCAUUUAAUUGAAAGCAAUUCUAUUUCUGUUUAUAGACUGCCUGACAAUGCCGAAAUCUAUAGAAUUUUGUUACGUACAUUUUCUAUGUCAAAAGCUUUCUCAACAGAUGCUGCUGCUAAAGUUAAUAUCACAGAAGUGAACAGAACAGGGCCUCUUGUGGAGUAUGAACGAAGAACUGCAGCUGGUGAACUCGUCGAUGGUGAUGCCUGCCAGGUAGGAACUUUAAAAGAACUUCAAAGGCUUUAUGAUGAGAUUUUUGAGUCAGCUGAUGCCUGUGGGUUGGAUCGAUAUGCAGUUCCUGAGAAAAUUGUUAGGAAUCGGUGGUUUUGGUCUCGUUUAAUGCCACAGUCUUCAUACGCCCCUGUCAAGGGACUAUAUCUUUAUGGAGGAGUAGGCACUGGGAAAACUAUGUUGAUGGACCUCUUCUUUGAUCAAUUGCCUUGCAAUUGGAGGAAGAAAAGGAUCCAUUUUCAUGACUUCAUGUUGAAUGUCCACAGUUGCUUGCAGAGGCACAAGGGUGUGACAGAUCCACUUGAAGUUGUAGCAGGAGAGAUAUCUGAUGAGGCAAUUUUACUCUGUCUAGAUGAAUUUAUGGUGACUGAUGUUGCAGAUGCAUUGAUACUGAACCGUCUUUUUAGAUAUUUGUUCAGCAAUGGCAUCAUACUUGUUGCAACUUCAAAUCGUGCUCCACACAAUCUAUAUGAAGGUGGAUUGCAGAGGGAUCUUUUUCUACCCUUCAUUGCGACUUUGAAGGAAAGAUGUGUUGUUCAUGAAAUUGGUUCAGCAGUAGACUAUCGGAAACUGACCUCGGAGGAGCAAGGUUUCUACUUCAUUGGCAAAGAUUUGUCCAGCCUCCUCAAAGAAAAAUUUCAGCAUUUGAUCAGUGAAUAUAUUGCUAGUCCACAAGUGGUUGAAGUAGUUAUGGGUAGGACACUGCAGGUUCCACUUGGUGCUAAUGGAUGUGCUUAUUUCUCAUUUGAGGAACUUUGUGAAAAGCCUCUUGGGGCUGCAGACUACUUAGGAUUGUUCAAGAACUUUCAUACCCUAGCUUUGGAAGGUGUUCCAAAAUUUGGACUCCACAACAGGACAGCAGCAUAUCGGUUUGUCACUUUAGUUGAUGUAAUGUAUGAGAACAGGUCCAGACUGUUGUGUACUGCAGAGGGCAGCCCACAAGAACUUUUUGAAAAUAUUGUGACAGUUUCAGAUGCCCGGCAAAUGGCCCCUCGAACCUCCUCGAGGUCAAGAAGAAAUGAUGAUUCUGACCUUUGUGUGGAUAAUGAAUUGGGAUUUGCAAAGGAACGCACCAUUAGUAGGUUAGUGGUGAAAUGCUUAUAAUAGUUCUUCACGAUGGCUUUUGGCAUAAUUCAUUACCGGUAUUAUUUUUUAUGACUUUCUUCUUUUGAGUUCUGUCAAAUUUUAUCUGGUGAGAAUUAGUUCAGGUUUAGGAGCCUGUUUAUGACUCGACUCGUAGUGGAAUCUGAGGUGAAAUUAAGAUGGUUUAUGGCUUUCAAUGUUGAUUUGCUCGUUAGGCUUGUCUGUCUCUUUACAGUAGUUGGUUUCUGUCAGUCAAAUUAGUACCUUAGUUUUGCUCUUGUAUGUGUACAAGUUGUAUCUGUUUCCUAAAAGUAGAAACAGUCACAGCUUGGAAUUCUUCUUGGGGUGUGGUUUUUACCUUUGCUCAAAUACUGACUGACUCCGUAAAA